AACUGCGGAUGAUACACUUCGCUCUGCAAAUAGAGCAGCCAGGGCAGCUGCAGGUUGGGACGACAUCACAUUGAAAUGGAAAUUUAUGGACAAAUCAGAAUGGAAGAAGCAAGAAGCUAGUAGCAGUAGUAGUAAUAUUCAACAAGAAUCGCCAAGAAAAGGUACAAUGCUGACAGAUUGUGUAGAGGCGUUUUUUGCUUCUUUUGAUGGUCUAUGAAUAGUUCGACUUUUAUUCAUUGCAGAGAUAAUAAAUGGUUUAGAGCACAAGAUCUCAAUCAAGAACAUUAUUGCAUUACUGGAAAGGGAACCUCUUAUGUCAAAUUCGACACUCAACUAUUGCUUAUGCAAUCGGUAAAAUUUCAAUUUGCAUCAGUUUGAAGAGGUGAAAAUUCAAGGUUAGAGGAGAACCGAUUUGAGUUUUUCAAUUCAUUAUUAUCAUCCCUGUCUAGCAAUUCAAGCUGCUAUCCAGUUUCGUCCUGUUAAAAUUUAUAGUACUGAGAUACAUAUCAAGUCACUAUUCAAAAUUCUACUACUCUGUUUCAUAUGCCCAGCUAGCGAAGAGCGAGGGAAGACCAUUCUUUACCAACUUAGCAUCCGAAGUCAUAAGGCACCAGUCCUUUCAGCUCAGGUCCAUUAAGUCCGUUGUGCUUGAAACUGAAAUGAAUGCCAGAAAGAAGAUCAAAUACCGAAUAUGCCUCUACAUUUGAAGGACAACUAGGUCCAUCUGUGAUACUGUGGAGACUGGUGUAGUCGAACAUAACAGUAAGGGUAUCGUGUUUUUUCUAGUCAUUUCAGGGAAAAGAAUGUUUUACUUCACUACAGAGACUAUCAAAAUUAACAUCGGAGGCAAAAACAUUAAGGUUCGAUGUGCUAUACACAAAUUUUGACAUACAAGAUGAAAAUUUUACUUCAAUCCCCCCCCCCUCGCCCGCCCGCCCGAGCCCCAUGUUAAAAAAAAAAAUUGGAGGUUCACCUUCUAAAUUGCUCUUUAUCUUGUAGUAUGGAAAGAAUUAUUGAAAGGUACGAAAGGUAUUCCUAUGCUGAGAAAAGAUUAAAUAUGACAGAAGAUGAAACUCAGGAGAACUGGAAUCUAGAGUUCCCAAAGCUUGUGGCUCGGAUUGAACUUUUACAAAGAAACAUAAGCAACUAUGUGGGAGAAGAUUUGGAUCCUCUCAGCUUGAGAGAGCUUCAGAGUUUGGAGCAACAACUUGAUACUGCUCUGAAACGAAUUAGAACAAGGAAGAACCAACUGAUGCACGAGUCCAUUUCUGAACUUCAAAAAAAGGAGAAAUCAUUGCAGGCGCAGAACAACUUAUUGGUAAAGAAGGUGAAGGAAAAGGAGAAGCAAAAUGGAGUGGAACACACGCAGCAGCAGGAGCAGGAGCAGGAGCAGGAGCAACACAAGUUUGCUCAAAAUUCAUCCAAUUUCGUAUUUCCUCACUCUCUCUCACGAUCACUAGGGCCUCCAUCUCUCACUAUUGGGGGCGCCUUUGAGCAAGCAGUAGCUCAAAAUGAACAAGUCGGCGGAUAUCAAACUAUCCCUCAUUCUACUUCCCUGAUGCCGCAUUGGCUCCUCCGCCACGCUAACCAAUAAGAAAUUUUCCGGCCACCAGAGAUCGGAAAUUUUAGAUGACAACCAUGAAUGACUAGCAUGCCAAAUAUCGAAUCUGCAUAAAAGGGGUAAUUGCAAUGUUGAACAGUUUCCAUGUGCUCAAAUCUAUAGUGUGUUUUAUUACUUCAGUAAUCUUGAAAUUAAAAUGUACCAAAGCUCUUUUAAUAUCGUAUCGUGCAACACCAUGUAAUAAUAUUUUCUUGUCUCGACAA